GCACCCUGGUCUGCCUGAACUGUCUGCACACUGUCUCAGAUGCUGAGGAAGUAGCUCAGAAAGGAGGGGGGAAAAGAAGGGAGGGGGAAAAAAAGAUUUCAGCACCGGAGCUGUCCGCGGCUGUCUUAUAGAAGGCUCUCUUCCUGCGUCCGUAAAUUUUCUCUGCGGGACUUUGAGGACAAGGGGAUAACAAACUGCUGUGCCAUUCAUCUCUCCGCGGGGCUACCGACGGGCGAGUAAAAGCGCACAUAAUCCAUUCGAGCCAAGUCUUGCCAUGCUGGACGGCCGGGCUUGAGACAGGAAGGAUAAAGUCCCCAGCAAGUCGCGGUGAACGUCAGCCUCUACCCUUUACGCCAUGGGAGUGCUCAUGUCAAAGAAGCAGCAGGUGGAGAAGGUGCAGAAAUGUAGCGCCGUCGUCUCUGCUUUCCAAUCGGGCCUUAAGGAUCGCGCCAUCUUAGCCAAACAGGCAGAAGGAGAAGUGGAGGAAGGCGAAGGGCCUGCCAAGACCUCAGCCAACUCUGACGAGAAAAACACAGAGGAGGGUGAACAAGAAGUGACGGACAAUUCUGCGGGUCCCUCAACCUCCCAGCAGUCCUCCGCCCCGACGAGAGAUGAGUGUAAGGUCAACCAGGAGGCUUGGUCAAGGUUACGGGACGGGAAAGGAGUGGAGCCAGAAGAUCUUGACAAGAGUCAUCAGCUCACACCGCCAGCAUUUGUCCGACCUAAAAGGGAACCAGAUGAUGACCAGCCUGUGGAAGUGGAGCUGGAGACGGAAGAGAAGCCACCGAGCGACGAGAUGUGCGAGGUGUGCGAGGUGUGGACAGCCGACGACCUGUACCCCUGCAGGAUCUGCACUCGGGUGUUUCACGACGGCUGUCUGAGGGAGUUAGGCUACCUGCGUACCGAAGCCUUGCAGGAGAUGAGAGAUUCAGCCCACACUGUCACUGGAUGGAGCUGCUACUAUUGCGACAAUCUAAAUCUGCUUCUGACAGAAGAAGAGAUGUACAGCCUCAUGGAAACCUUCAAGCAGUGCAAGAUCAUCCCAGAGUCGUGCCUGGUGUCAGAUGAGUUGUUGCAGUACCGUCACUUCGUAUCCAAGCAGCAGUUUGAUAAGGACCUGACUGAUGAGCAAGAGGAGGAAGUUCUGGCCCAGUUUGCUUCUCUGGAUCCCGAGAAGAAGGGUCACAUCGAAUGGUCGGACUUCCUGUACUUUGAGUCCCUGGCAGUGUUGCGGAAGUUUCGUACAGAGAACUCACUGGUGCGUCUGUUGACUGCCAAGGAGAGAGACAAUGCUCGGUCAGUGUUCCUGGGCCUGGACCUGGAUAAGGACGGUGUGAUCACAAGAGCCGAAUGCCGUCAGGCCCAGCAGUCCUGGUUCCACAAGCUUAACAAAGACUCACAGUCCUGCAAUGUGAGACUCAUGGGAUUCUGCUCUCCUAUGAAUUGUGGCAUAAGUCACGUUGGCCCCAUAUGUGAGAGCAGCCCGGCCAGCUCUGGAAGCGAGACGAGCAAGGCUGAUGACAGCAGACCUAUAACCUGGGCAGACUUUUUAAAGGAGAGUGCCAUCUACAUUUUGGCUGCACGGCCCAAUAGCUCUGCCAUGCACAUCCGAAUGCCUCUAUAGUCCAGGAUCCUCGACCCGCAGCCAGCAGAGAGAGGGAGAGGGAGAUAGAUAGGGCGUACCCCAUAGUCUACAGAUGAAUGGGGGGGAAGAUGGAUAACGCUGACACAAAGACAUUAAGAUGGCAACCGAGCGAACUGGAUGAAGCACGGCGAGGUAGCAGAUCAAGCCUCCGACGAGUUCUCUCCUCCUCUGCGUCAACUCGACAUCACAACACUGACAGCACACACCGCUGACUGACACGCCAACAACGCAAGUGACAGCAGCUGCCACAGGUCCCAACUGCAACAACUGACAGCUUCCAAACAAAUGGGAGAGAUAGGACGAGGCAGACAGCCACCCACUCACAAUCUAGUCGGUGGUAUUCCUGAAAAACUUUGAGUGAGUACCAUGCACACAGUCAGACAAGCACCCAGGACGCUCCCAACAAUAUGCUAGGCUCUACGGCCCUCCAGCUACACCACACACCUUUCCAACUGGGUACAUUAGCGUGACAGGCUGGUACUCUUUCAAGUGUUCUUUCCUUCGGGCCUCAUCAUGUCCUAAUAAUACCUCCAUGCUUGUGUAAUGAAAUUGCAUUAUUCACCAUCAGAAUUGUUAAUCAUGCUUCUCAGAAACAAAUUGGUUAUUGGCACCGCUUAAUUUUGAAGAAAUUUCAAUGAACCCCACUUCCAUCCAGCUUACACUUUCAGAACAUAUACCAGACGAGAAUGAAAGCUAUCCGCAUAUAUUAUACUAUAAGAAAACUGCUAUACAUACCAGUAUAAAUUAUUAUCUUGCAUUAAAUCUGUAUUUAUUCCUGUAUCCUAUGAUGUAUCCCCUGUCCCCCCUCCGCCGCCGCCUCUCCAUUUUCAUCCAGGAAUCUGUGUUCUUCUGAAAUACUAACUGUGAAAAAGGAUGUGAAGUUUAUGAAAGCUAACCCUGUAUGUGACAUGCCCUGUAUAUACUGCCAUUGUGUUCCUGUUGUGCUCGCAGAGCUGCACCAUGAGGAGGCUGGAAAAUAUCCGCUCCUCCUGUUCUGAAGUCAUUACUUGCACUGUGGGAAUGGGACGUAGCUGGACGGUGGGUUGACAUGCUCACUGUAAGGGAAAUACUGAAAGGCGAUGCCAGAUAUGGAGCAAAAAUAUUUGUCCUUUGUUAAUGCAGAAACACUGUCUAAAUAAUUGCUAUGAAAAACAGUUACAGUUACAGAUUAUAUAAUAAUUUAACUGCACCUGAAACUGCCUCUAGCAUCACUGGAAACAUGCUGUAACGAGUAGAACUUCAUGUAGUGUUUAUGCCAUGUAUUGGAGGUUCUAUGCCAAGUGAAUAAAGUAUGGUAAUGAUAUGAAACUUUGUCCGAGGGAUGUGUCUCAGUGCUCAAAUAAACGCAUGGCAUUUAGACUCUUU